AUUUAAAAACGAAAGCAGGCAACAACUACCUAGCGUACAUUUAAAGAUUAUGGGAGAUAAACUAGAUGAUGAACCUAAUAUACCUUUAAACAAAAAGAAAAUUAGUACUUUGGUGAGCGAAGAGACAAAAUCGGAAGAAACUUUACCUAUCCACCCUGUAUCAAACAUCCCAUGGUUACAUAAGGGUUCUAGGUCCCUCCACAGCCAUCGUCAACACACUAAUAAUGACAGGGCAAUUUCAGAUCGAGGCUCUGUUUCCUCGCAUGAACCUCCCAACAUCGAAGCCAAAACUGUAUCAACUGUCGAAUCAUUUUCGAACAACAAUUCCGACAUACCCGUAACUGAAAACAACAUUCCAUUCCAUCCUAAUAUCACAUCUACGGAACAUAGUCGGGAGCAAAAUAUAUCACGUGCCAAUACCAAUUUGUAUUCAGCUGUUUCUAGUCAUGACAGAGAUGUAUUCACCCCUGAUCAAGGGGGAUUUCCAGGACAAGACCAAAGACCAAAAGAGUAUUAUCAACCUGUGUUGGAUGCUAGCCUUCCUGGGACGAAUCCCAGUUCUAAGGAAAAGCAUAAACAUAACGAUGUUGAGUUUGGAAAGUCUAAUUCAAUAGGCCAUGCCAAAUUACAAGAUUCUUCUGACAGCAAUGGUACCACGUUAUUACAAGACUCUUCUGAAAGCAAUGGUACCACGUUAUUACAAGACUCUUCUGACAGCAAUGGUCCCACGUUAUCACAAGACUCUUUUGAAAGCAAUGGUACCACGUUAUUACAAGACUCUUCUGACAGCAAUGGUCCCACGUUAUUACAAGACUCUUCUGACAGCAAUGGUCCCAAGUUAUCCGAAGAGUCGACAAGCUGUGUAUCUGACAAUCACGUCAUGGUGGAUGGCAAGUCAACAUCUCUAGUAAUUACCAAAGUGGACCUUCAGGCUUUACUGCAAAGUUUUCAGGAUGUUCUCCAACAAGCCAAUGACUUACAAAGAAGAAACGAAACGUUUCUACAUAGCAUUAGACAGGAAGACAGAACAAGCUGCGAGGCCCUGCAGCGACGGAUAACUGAAACUAGAGAUAAUUUUACGAGGUUAGAAAGUCGGAUUGAAGAUGGCGAUAAAGAAAUCAAGGUAUUGGAAGAAAAGAUUGAACCUAUAGUUCACAAAAUAGACAGUCUGUGCAAGUCGUUUGAAAAGAGAACUUCUGAGCAGAAUGUAGAGGCCUUCCGUGGAGAGAAAACCAAAGUUGACAAUAAUCGUCAUCAGAAGAUGACGACAAAUCACAUAGAACCACAAACGAAUCGUCAAGAGAAUGGAAGCAAUGUAGUCGGCACUGAAGGAGACCGACAGCCUGUAAGACGAUCACACCGGAAAAAAGAUCGUACAGGUUCGAGAAGACAAACCAAUUCCAUACGUGAAAAUGAAAGUUCUCCCUCAAAAUUAGACAGAACCACCGACAACAAGCGACCAGACGAAAAGUCAACGUCGAAGACACGUGGAUCAGGAACAAAACAUCGAGAAGGACACCGCAUGAAAGAAGAUGCACGCACACAAUCACACAACAGGAAACACCAAACGGUCAUUUCCUCGUCCGAAACAGUCAACACUGAUAUGGACAAAAUACAACAGAAAAAUGACAAGAGAUUGGCCCCUGACGAUGGUGUUACCAAACACAACGAAGCCAAUCAAAGUGUUCAUCGACAGCGAAAUGUUGAUGAUGUGAAGGAAGAGACUAGGUCCAAUUUAAAGUCAGAAUCUAGAGAAAAAAGAUCUGAAUCUAUGCAAGAACUUGAACUUCGGAUAAGAGAUGAAGACAAGUCAGCAAGACCUAAACAAAGGCGAAGGAAGUUAAAAUGUUCAGAACUUGGCUUUAAAUAUCGAAAGACGAACCCAGGUGUAGACAACCGAAUUAAAGUUAUUAGCAAUGACGUCAUUUUACGUGGUGGUCCAACUAGUCGUAUAAUUGAUAACAACAUUAAGUCACGUGAUCCUAAAAAGUCGUCCACAUUCAAUACAAGAGGUGCCCAAUUCGAACCACACAAGCAUUUGUUUGGCGCCCAGGGAGAUUUAGAUUUUCUUUCCCAGCAUUCAGGUCUGUCAGCAUUGGGAAUAGAUGGCGCUAUAAACAUGACAGAGACGGACGUCAAUGCAUCCAAUAUAUCGGUAGACAAAGCAAACGAGGAACGACGAAGAGGUUCAACAUUAGCCCCUUAUCGCGGGAAAGGCCCUGACACGGUGCUACUGUUGGAUACAUCAGAAAGCAUGCGUGGUCGGCCAUUCAACGACAUGAUUCGAAUUGCUAAGCAAAUCAUAGAAGGUAUACAUCAUAUACAUACACGAAUUGGUAUACAGGAGAACAUAGGGAUCACUGUAUUUGGACAUGAGACUACUGUUUUGAGACAUUUAACAUUGGAUUACUUUGACUUGCUUUCUUCAUUAGAUACACUAAGAGCGGGAGGUCCGAGCCCGUUUUCGGCCGGUUUUGUUAUGGGCCUGGCGGCAUUAUUGGGAAACUCGUCCGGUAUCACAAGUGUGAAAAACGUAGCUCUUGCGUCAAGAGUUAUUCUAAUAAGCGAUGGAAACGCUACACUUGACUCUUCAUCCACGGAGGAGCUUUCGUCCGAGAAUGACUUCGUUACCUCUCAUAUACGCCUUCUGCUGUUGCCUGUCCUUAAGGACUACGAAAAAAGAGGAAACCGAGUGUUCUGUGUACCAGUUGGUGACGCUAAUACGGUAUAUUUCGAGGACAUUUGCAGAGUGACAAAGGGGAGAAUUUACCAAUCUUGUGAUGUCCAAAGACUUGUAAAGAUGACUCAGGCUGAGAUUACUGCUAUUGAGAUGUACGAUGGACUGAAAGGAAACAACCGGGAGCAGAUGCUAGAUAUUCUGACGGCUGGUUCAAUGCGUUAUCCCAGCGUGCAACAUGAUGCGGAAGACAUCGUUGAUUACAUAGAAUACUUGAAAAGUAGGGAAACAUCUGUAUCAGGAAUAGAACUUCCUAUGCAUAUAGAACAAGACCCAAACAUGCCCCCGAUCGGGACCCGCGUGCGGCGGGGGCCAUCAUGGAAGUGGAGUAACCAGGAUACGGAGGGGCCUGGGACCGUCAUUGGGCAUGAGAAACACGGUAUGAUUUGGAUCGAGUGGGACAACGGCUUCAAGAACCGGUAUCACUACCAACACGACACUUAUGACGUGAAAGUGGUUGAUGAACCGCGACAAGUUUUAGGAGACCAACUGAUAGCUACAGGAUAUCUCGUCAAACGAGGCUUUGACUGGGCUUAUGGUAACCAGGAUGGUGGACAAGGAAAUAUUGGCGUUGUGUUCCUGGUCAAAGAAAAUGGCAUGGUUGGGGUUCGUUGGUCAAAUGGAAACACAGGUAUAUACAAAUAUGGCGCGGAAGGACAAUUCGACAUCGAUAUAUGUGAUCCUAAUACGACUCCCCGUCCUCGUGUUCAGAUUGGCCGGGAAACUUUCUCGAAUGUUCAAAACGCUGGGAAUGAGUCGUUAAAUGAAAACCUGUCAAGCCGUAUUCAGAUGACCAAUCUUCCACAAAAAAAUACCAAUGCGGAUUCAAACAACUCUAGGACAAUUGAAUCGUAUUUGCCAUCUGUUGAGGAAAUGAACAGGAAAAACACGUCGUCUUUGCCACAGGCAUCACAAACAACGUCACACUCUGAAGAACGGGACAUUGCUGGAUCGUCAGGCGAUGGUGAUGUGAAAUCGCCUGUAAUGUCGGACAGCCCUGGUACUGACUACCGAGUGAAGUGGCAGUACUCCGAUAGUGAUGGUCAUUAUCAUGACUACCCUGGUAACGUCAACGGCAAGAUAGAGGCCACAUAUAUGAAACGUCCAGGUGGAACUGUCAUCAUCAACGUGGACGGUGUAGGGUAUCGGAUUCUUUUCUCAAAGAUGCAACAGGUUGAAAUAAAUACAAAAGCAAUAGUAUUAGUACGACGUACAGUGCUAGCGUGAUGGAAUUGUAGACUACCACAGGCCGAACACAAUGGAGGUUUUCCGGAAUAUUUUUACGGUUAUAUUACAGAAUUUGUUAGUCUCUCUAGUAUAGAGAGUUUUAAGGAGACAAUUUAACAUUAGGAAUACAACGCAUGUCUUUCAUCAAUGUCUCUAAUGUUUUGAUACAUACCACGUUAAAUUACUGAAUCACAUACUCUAGCUUUAAUACGAUGAGGUGUUAACGUUUUUGUUGAUGGACUUGUUCCUUUUAGAAAUCAAGGUUUCCUGAUAACUGAUCACCAAUAAGGAAAUGUUUUGGUGCUAUUUUGCUGAAGUGUACUUGUUUGACGAUUGUUUGUACCUCAUCCAGACUUUAGACACGUUUUUUUUUUUUUUGUUGGUAUGAAUCACCGAAACGGACUGAAUCGGACCGAUAAGGAACCAAAACGGACCGAAUCGGAUCGAUACGGAACCGAAACGGACUAAACCGGACUAAAUCGGACUGAAACGGAACUGAAACGGACCAAUUAAAUAAGAAGACAUGAUAUGUAUAGAUCAAUAAGUGAUUAAUUAUGAAUAUAAGUGGUGAGACAUGUAUAAAUUUAUAUAUGUACUCUAACAAAUUUAACAAAUCAAUAAAUAAAAGAAUCAAAGUGUACGUUGUGUAUAGAUUGGUAAGUUAUUAUUACAUUAGUAGGUGAUGAGACAUGUACAAGUAUAGCGUUACGUAUGUUCCCCCAAUCUUUUUAAUUUUUAAACUAACACGAAAAUAUAUUAUGUAGUAGUCAUGUCAACAUCAAAGAGGAUAUAUAUACAGAAUCCACCAAUUAAUUAUGUCUUCAAAUAUAUGACUACUGGGAAAGUACAUUUUCAAUGUGUAUUCGAAAGAAAUGGAAUAGAAGAAAAUGAUGACGUGUUACAUAUGAGUAAAACAUACACAAUAGAUAAGUCUACAAAUACGCACAUGGAAAUACAGGACAUGGAAAAAGUAUUGAGACACAUCUUUUUUUACUAUAUAUUGAAAGCAUGUUAAAAAAUUUGCAUCGGGUUGUUAUGAUUUCUUUUAACCCUUUUCAUAUAUAUACUCAUAUAGCAAACGAGUAUCUAUUGCAAACACUGAAUUGAGUUAUAUGACUGAAGAGAAACAGUUUUCUGUAAAACAAAAUUUAUCUAAAAACAAAUAAUUACAAUUAACAAAUCAGAGGAAGAGAUAACAGGCCUUGGUUUCAUAUAUUGUUUAAUGAUAAGGGUGAGGAGGAAAAUGGUAACAAACUUCGAACAUAUCGUCAGUUCAAGGAAGAAUGGAAGAAAUCCAGGCUAGCUCAUAUGUUAGAGAUGUUAAGGGUUCAACAGGGAUUACUGUCAAACUUCCGAUGUGGAUCCAUGUCAUUUGUAAAAGAAAAAGGAAGGUAUGCCAUUAAUGCCAAGCUUAUCGUACCUGUUAACGAAAGAAUAUGCAAACUAUGUGAUAACAAAUUGAAAGUGAAUAACAUUUUCAAUAGGUUGUGCUUUGUGCAGACUUAAGAAGUGAUCUCCUGUAGUUUUAAUAUGAUAAGCAUCAACAUUUCUUUAGCUCAGCAGUUAUGAACAAUGAUGAAUUUAAGCGAUGUACAAACAAAAGAAAAAGUCAUGUUAAUUAUUGUUUUAUUUUAACAUUGGGAAUUUAUUACGUUUUAUGUAUUUUUGCAGAUAUGUGUGUAUAUGAGGUUUAGGGUGUGUGUAUAAAUGCAAUCUAUGUAUAUAUGUAAGUACGUGCAUGUGCGGAUGUUGAGACCAGAUGAAUGAACAUAUGUACAAUGAUAUGUGUAUGUUUUAUUGUGUGCGUGUCUCAUAUGUUGUAAUUACAGGGCGCAAAAAUUUUAUAUUGUGUUCCAUAAUGUAAUUUAUGUUUUAUGAUGUGUCCGUAUACAAGAAAGGCGAACGUCGUCAUAUAUAGAAAUUGCUAACCACAUGACCAAGGGUUGUUUCCAUGCUUGGUUUAUCGAGGGAUUUAUCGAAAUUGGAUAUCGAAUUGAUGAAAUAAGGGAUGUAAUAAAUGACGUAUUGUAGUUCCCUGUGAAUUUUGAUUUGAUGUUCGUUGUGUUUAAUACUUCUAAAUAUAUUGCUUCGGUUGUCGGUUGGAGCGGAAGACAUUUAACCUUCUGUAACACCUAGUACCAUACUCUGUAAAUUUUCAAUGGUGUCCAUGUUAUGUUUUAUUUUUUUUUAACCCACGUUUCAUUGAUUUUCAGUUAGAAUGGUAUGUACAAUGCAUGCGGUAACAAUAAUGGACUUAUAGAUAUAAUGUUUUACUGACCUAUUCUUGACAAAUGACGUUCAUGGAAGUAAUAGAGAUGUUGCUGGUUGAGUGUCUGAGGCUUAUGCUUUACAUAUACAAACGUAUUUUUAAGUAUUACAAGUGAAAGUAUGCAGGAUAGUGUGUAUUUUAGUUUGUACAUCUGCCAAUGCAAGCGAGUAUUUAAUAUCGCAGCUUAGCUUGAUUUCAUAAUUUAUAAUUUAUAUUUUUGAGUUCUAUAUACCGCUAUAUCGCAGUAACAUAGCCGUCUCAAAGCGGCACACAAGUUAUUGUUCGUGGUUAUUGGGCCUUUAGCAACCAGACAAUGUCUUUCUUCAAACCCAGGCGAGCGUACAGCCGGAGCUGCCAUUUCGGCACUAACAGCUUAGAUGCGACAUUUUAUGCACUCCCUCAACACGUGCUCAUUUACAGCUGAAUCGAUUGGAGAGAAGUAUCUUGUUCAAGGACACAACACAUCGCUCUUGUAGGGCUUCGUACAAGCGACCCUUCAGUCACGUAGCCACUUACCCUACCACUAGACCACUGUGCCUCAAAUGUGUGGAAUAUUGUGUGAAAAAAAAGACUUGAUUAUGUGUCGGCAUUAAAUAACUCAAUUUGUUAAAACAAAGGAAACUUAACAAUAGUGUACUCUACCUUUCAUUGAUGGUUCGUUUAGGUAGAUGUUUGAAGAUGUUAUUCCAUAUUUUUGUUCAACUCUGAUUCAAUAGUGCAUGCAUGUAAUUAUUAACUAAAUGUUAUGUUACUAGGUAGUCAACAUCUACUUAAACGACCUAAUUAAAUUUUUGAGUACAGAU